UUGCGAUCCAUUGUUUCUGCUAUGGCUUCUACGAUUACAACAAACUCAAUUCACUCUCCAAUCAAUGCUUCUCGACUCUCUUCACUCUACUUGUCGCGUAACAGAAUCUCGCCGGGUAAUGUUUUAUUCACAACCUCAUCACAGUCGCUGCUUGCCACCAAAGCCAAGCGCUUCGCCUUCUCACCGUUUCCGGAGAAUAGGAAAUCUCUGGUCGCCAAGAAGUUGAGUUUCCCCGGUUGGACUCAACAGAUUGGGCUAACAAGUUCCGUUGUUGUAAACGCUGCUGCUGAUGCUGAAGGGCAUGCGGAGCCUGCAAAAAGCUUUGGUGAGAGAUUUCCUGCUUUAGUUACAGGUUUCUUUUUCUUUACCUGGUACUUCUUAAAUGUCAUCUUCAAUAUACUCAACAAGAAGGUCUAUAAUUAUUUCCCAUAUCCAUACUUUGUUUCUGUUGUUCAUCUACUGGUUGGGGUGGUAUAUUGUCUUGUUUCUUGGGGUGUUGGUCUACCGAAACGUGCACCAAUCGAUAAGGAGCUCCUGGCACUUUUGACUCCAGUUGCUUUCUGCCAUGCCCUUGGACAUGUCAUGUCCAAUGUAUCAUUCGCUGCUGUUGCUGUGUCUUUCACACACACCAUCAAAGCUCUAGAGCCAUUCUUCAGUGCUGCUGCUUCUCAAUUUGUGCUGGGCCACCAGAUUCCCUUGUCCCUGUGGUUAUCAUUAGCCCCAGUAGUUAUCGGUGUAUCAAUGGCAUCACUGACUGAACUUUCUUUCAACUGGACUGGGUUCGUUAGUGCAAUGAUUUCAAAUAUAGCAUUUACCUACCGAAGUAUUUACUCAAAAAAAGCAAUGACUGGCAUGGACAGCACAAAUGUGUACGCUUACAUUUCAAUCAUUGCUCUCUUGGUUUGCAUUCCACCAGCUCUUCUGAUUGAAGGCCCCCAGUUGAUGCAACAUGGUUUCGGAGAUGCGAUUGCCAAAGUGGGAUUAGUUAAAUUUUUGUCUGACCUCUUUUGGAUUGGGAUGUUUUAUCAUCUGUAUAACCAGGUUGCCACAAACACAUUGGAAAGGGUUGCGCCGCUUACACAUGCCGUUGGAAAUGUAUUGAAGCGAGUUUUUGUAAUUGGGUUCUCCAUUGUAGUAUUCGGCAAUAGAAUCUCCACUCAGACCGGGAUUGGAACAGCAAUAGCCAUUGCAGGUGUUGCCAUCUACUCUCUAAUUAAGGCCAGCAUGGAAGAACAAAAGCGGAAGGCUGAUAAAACUCAUGCAUCCUGAAGAAACACUGUUGGGCUAACUGAAAAUGCAGAGCCCAGCAUACGAAGAGCGGAGUAAGGUAGAUCUUUGCGUUGAAUCGUCCGAGCCGAAUUAGUGAAUAAGUUUACCCUUUUCUGUAAUGGUAAUUUGGCACAUGUAAUGGAAAAGCAUAUGAAUUAAGCUGGAACAGUGGCAUGGCCGAAGCCUUCUCAACCCAAUUCCUCGCCUGCCCAAUGACUCUUCAUGCUACCUUCUCAAAUCCGUAAAAUUCAAACUGGAGUAACAUCUUGAAGGUGCACCAACUCUAUCCAUAUAUUUUGAUUUUUCGAAACUUCCCUUGAUAUAAUAGAAUUCUUAUAUGUGAUUCAUAACAAA